AUGAAACGACCAAAAAGUGCAUAAGCCUAAAAGCUGUCUGCCAGGAACAAAGAAGAAAUUUUAGAACAGAAACUAUCACCUAAUAGACCUUCAGAUUAAAAAUAAUCUUUAACCAAAACUAUAAAACUAAAGGUUUAACCAAAUAACAAUGAUAUCGGUGAUGAUAAUCAAAUGACAAGAUCAGAUCUCUUUACCAGAAAAAAAUCGGACCAUUUUACUUUGUUUACUUCCUUUUAACACAAGAUCAAAUUAUAGCAAAAUGAAAUUGACAUCCUCAAAUAACAAGUUUAACUCUAGUAGAGAUUGGCUGAAAAUAUACCAAGAGAUUUUCAACUUCAAAUUCAACAAUAUGAAGAAGAAAUUAAUCGUUUGAGAUCAUUUCUUGAAGAAGCUUUGCCAAGAGGAUCUGAACCGAAGAAAAAUUAGAUUAUUAGUUAUUUAUCUAAAAUCUAGGAGUAGAAGGGAGAGAUUAAUAAACUAAAGCUAUUAAAUGAUAACUUACAGAGAGAGCUCGAAAAACUUUAGAUUAUUGGAAAGAAAUAAUAAGAGUAGUUGAUGAAAGGAAACUAGCCAUCGUCUUAUAGAAAAUAGUUAAAUCAAAAUGAAAAUCAAAAUGAUGACAUUAAGACAAUCUAACAACAAUUUAAUUAACAGCUAUAAGAGAAAGAUAAAAAAUUAUUAGAAUUAACUAAAGUUCAAUAACAAAACUAACUUAAGUUAAAUUCUUAUUUCUAAAAUAUCGAAUAAUUGAAUUCCCAAUUAUAAGCAAAAUAAAAUGUUAUUAAACUUAUAGAAGCUGAAAAUUAGAAAUUAAAGGAGGAAUCAAAAUACAUAGAAGAUCAAUUACAAGAACAAUAAGAAAAUAUUAAUGAACUGAUAUAAGAGAAGCAGUCACUUGAAUAGAAUUUACAACAAAUCGAAUAGGAGUUAAAAACUAAAAAUGAGAAAGAUAAACAAAAUAUUAAGAUGUUAUCCAUUAUAAAGUCAGUCUCUAUAUUUGAUUAUCACUAACCUCCUAAAAAAGUUGAUGCAGUAUAAAAAAUUGAUAAGCCUAAAAAAGAAUUGCAAAUCUUUACUCUUAAAAAUGAAUAGGUAAUUUGCAAAAAUGAAAUAAAAAAACAUGAUUUUGGAUGUUAGUGUGAACUAAUUAUAAAAGAUGAAAAAAUAGAGACAAAAUCUAAGGAUUAGCUUGAAAAUUAAGAUUUUGUUGUAGAUCAUAAAUAAUAAAUCCAAAACUCAUCAUUUCAAGAAUAAAAUAUUAUAAUCAAAAAUGAUAAUGCUCAUCUCAAAUAAGAAAAUAUACAAAAAUAAUCUAUUAAUAAUAAAGUUGAAUUAGAAAUAAUUGAAGAAAUUGUUAAAGAUUAUAUAUCUUCAUUUCUAACCAACUUUCAAAGUCAUCAUUAACCUAGUUAAAAUAGUUAAGUGAAAUUUUAAAAUCACGACGAGUUAGCAAUAUCAUAAAAUAUUUCCAAUUAGUACUUGGAUGAUUUUGUAAUGAGCUUUUCAACAGAAGUAAUUUCAAUUAUUAAACCAGAAGUAGACAACUAUUUAUAAGGCUUCAUAGAAAAGUAAAAACUAUGA